AGAAAUAGAAAAAUAAACAAAAAAGAAAAAAAAAAGAGAGGAGGAAGGUGGUCAGGGACUCGGGGCUCAGGGUGGUGUAUCCGUCUUCCUCCGCAAGCCAAUACUAAGGCAAAACAGUUUUCUUCAUCCAGUCCCUUCAUCGAACAAUACCGUCGAAUCUUUAGACAUCCUCUCUGACUGCAGAGUUUAAUAACGAAAGCAGAAUGGCGAAUGAAAAUUUUGUUGAAGGUUCCAGUAUGAGUGGAGUUACUGAUGAAGGUUCAGGUUCAACUGUCGAACUCAGCAUUAAGACUUUGGACUCACAGAUCUACACAUUUCACGUUAACAAAAAUAUGCCUGUUUUAUUGUUCAAGGAGAAAAUAGCAAAUGAAAUUGGUGUUCCAGUUGGGCAGCAACGAUUAAUUUUUAGGGGAAAGGUCUUAAAGGAUGAUCAUCUUCUAUCUGAGUACCAUGUGGAAGAUGGGAGUACCCUGCAUUUAGUUGCAAGACAGCCAGCUCAAUCUCAGCCUUUGCCUGGAACAAACUCUGGAGAGACCAAUCAGAAUGAUGCUAGAGGAACUGAUGGUAAUGCUGGUGCUACACGUAACCGGGUUGGGCAAAUUUCGCACAGUGUUGUCCUUGGAACCUUUAAUAUUGGGGAUCAAGGUGAAGGCAUUGUUCCUGAUCUUACUCGGAUUAUUGGGGCAGUUCUGAAUUCUAUUGGAAUUGGGAACCAGACCCUUGGUGGGACAACCAACAUACCAUCUAGUACACCUUCAAAUGGUUCCAGUUCCUCUCAAGGAACUGAAGCAGAAGGUACACAUGGGAAUGUUGAUGGCAACGGCCAAGCAGGAGGUCAAGCUCAACGUGGGCAGGCAUUUCCUAAUCACCCAUUCCAAUCUCUGCCUCAAUCUUUACAAUUUCCAUUGGCAGGGGUUGCAGUACCUAUUCCUUCACUUCAUAUGCCUAUUCCUGAUUCUUUGAGCACAAUUUCUGAGUUCAUAAACCACAUGGAGCAAGCAUUGCCACUCAAUGGGUAUCAGCCAAAUCCUUCUACCAAUGUUGGAGAUACAACAAGGGUGGAGUUACCAUUUAAUGAACGAGGACUGCCAACACCUGAAGCACUAAGCAUUAUUAUCCGGCGAGCACAGCAACUUCUCAGUGCCCAUGCUGUGGCUGCACUUUCUCACAUCACAAGACGUUUGGAAGAAGAGAGAACUUCUACUGAUCCUUCAGUACGUGGGCAAAUUCAGGCAGAAUCAGUGCAAGUAGGAUUAGCAAUGCAACAUUUAGGUGCUCUUCUUUUGGAGCUUGGUCGCACUAUUCUGACACUACGCAUGGGGCAGACACCUGCUGAAUCUGUGGUGAAUGCUGGGCCUGCAGUUUAUAUAUCUCCUUCAGGGCCUAAUCCUAUAAUGGUUCAGCCAUUUCCUCUUCAAACCAGCUCCCUCUUUUCUGGUGCCUCUGCUACUUCUCGUGCAAAUCCUGGUAAUAUGGGUCCUUUUGGUCUUGGAGAUGUUCCUAGAAACAUAAACAUCCAUAUACAUGCUGGUACCUCGCUUGCUUCCGGUGCGCUGUCUGUUGGUUCCAGGGCAAAUGCUGGGGAAAGCACUCAUGAUGGAAGUGGUUCAGGUGAUUCAGGGCCAGCCAGGGUAGUGCCUGUGAGAAAUGUUAUUGCUGCAGCUGUUCCACGGUCCUCUGCGGAAACAGCCAAUGUUCUAAGUGUUAUCUACCCUUUUCAUGGAAGAUCUCAGCAGAUAAACCCUAACCAUUCGGCUCCUAUACAGGGUUCCAGUACAUCAUCUCCCAACUCAAGACAAUCUGAUGCAAGUGGAGAAAAUCAGGAUCCAUCAGGUCAAUCAUCAACUCCAAUCAUCCAUGAUUCAUCUGUUGGAUCUGGUGUGGACAGUAAUCUAGAGAAUCAUCAGCCUGAAAGCAUGGCCAUUAAAGGAGCUGGAGGGACUGCUCUAUCUGGACCUAAGCAGAAUUCUGCAGGGGAAGGAAUACAGACCCACCACAAGCAUCGACAAUUUAAUAAUAAUGAGGAUACAAUUGAUAAUUCGAGUUCAAGGGAAGCUUCUUCAAGUAAUUCAGGGGAUGGCUCUGCAGUUGCAUCAGAGAAUGUUCCAAGAUCCAGCCAGAGCUAUGAUCCUCCUGAGGGUUCCAAUGCUGUUCCUUUGGGAUUAGGCUUGGGAGGUCUGCAACCAAAGAGACGAAGCAGGCAGAUGAGACCACAGGGGAGGGACAACAGUGGAAUAUCUCAUGCAAUUCCUGUCAAUGAGAACCAGAGUACAAUUGCUGGCGGACAACGGGUUUUGCAAUCUCUCUUGUCUCAGAGCACCAAUGCAAAUAGAAUUGGUGCAAAUGGACCCUCAGUGCAGCUGCCUUCUGUGCUUGGGCAGAUUAUGGAGAGUUUGCCAUUGCAGAGGCAAGGUUCUAGUGGACAAGUUGAUGCAGCGGGUGCGAUGUCUCAGGUUCUCAACAGCCCUGCUUUGAAUGGUCUAUUGGCUGGGGUUUCAGAGCAAGCAGGAAUUGGUUCACCUGCUGUCUUGAGGAAUAUGUUAGCGCAGUUCACACAGAGCCCAACAAUGAGAAAUACACUCAACCAAAUUGCCCAACAAGUUGAAAGCCAAGAUAUUGGCAACAUGUUUUCAGGAUUGGGAAGUGGCCAAGGUGGUGGUGUGGAUUUAUCUACAAUGAUUCAACAGAUGAUGCCAAUUGUAUCUCAAGCGCUUACAAGGGGAUCAACUCAACAUGAUACAUUCUGCUCAUCAGAGCCUGAAAGUCAGCAGCAGCAUAGUCAGAGUAGGCCAGGCAGAGAAGACAAACCAGAUUAUCAGACUUCUCAGGUUGGCAUUCAGCAAACGGUCAAUAGGAUUGAACACCAUGAUCCUCCUAGUGGCAUUUUCCGAUCUAUGGUUGAAAAUGCCACUCUAUUGUACAGUGAUGGAAACGGCUCUGAAGAUCUUGAAGAAUUAUAUAGUGAUGACUCUCUUGCAAAUGAAUACAUCCAAAUGCUACGUCGUGAUAUAUGUUCGCGUCUCCAGGGUGAUUCUGGGCCCACAGACAAGUCUUAACUUCUACCCUGCUGCAAGUGACAUGGGUUGGUAUCCGCUGUUUUGUAUGAAUUGGGUUAUGGCCAUUUUAUGCGGCAACUCUACAAUUCCAAUGCACAUUUGUCCUUGUAUCCAAAUGUUAUGUAAAAAUCAGGUUAGGUUUUGAAGUGAAUUUAUAUCCAGUUUAAAACUAUUUGUGGGUUCAAUGUAUCCUUCCGAUUGAGCGUAUCAAUUUUCAAUGACUGAAUACUACAAACUUCUCUGCAAGUUUUGCAAUGCAAAAUUCAUUGUAUUCAUACUUGAAAAAACUUUUGAAACAUUUAGCUCAGAAUUUGUGGAUAA